GAGAUUCUUGCUUCACAUGAUUGGCUGUAAACACUUAGCUUAUCGUCACCCAAUGAGACGACGCCUCUAUGUUCAGGCACGCUUUAAAAACCGCUCAGAUGUAAACAAUGACAGUCAUAAUUUCGUUUGCUGGUAAAAGUCUUCCAGGCAGGAUGUUUGCCUCGCUCCUCACACUAUGCAUGAGUGCCGUGUUUGCUGCUCCAAGCUUAGACCAGAAGUUAGAUGACCACUGGCACCUCUGGAAGAAUUAUCAUGGAAAAAACUACCAUGAGAAAGAAGAGGGCUGGAGGAGAAUGGUGUGGGAGAAGAACUUCAGAAAAAUUGAGUUGCACAACCUUGAGCACUCCGUGGGCAAACACACCUUCCGACUGGGCAUGAACCAAUUUGGUGACAUGACAAAUGAGGAGUUCAAACAGGCGAUGAAUGGUUACAGUCAUGACCCCAACCGGAAGUCAAAAGGCUCAUUGUUUAUGGAACCCAGCUUUUUUGAAGCCCCCCACCAGGUUGACUGGAGAGAGAAGGGAUAUGUUACCCCUGUUAAAGACCAAAAACGGUGUGGAUCUUGCUGGGCUUUCAGCUCAACCGGUGCCUUGGAGGGUCAGGUGUUCCGUAAAACAGGAAAGCUGGUUUCCUUGAGUGAGCAAAACUUGAUGGACUGUUCUAGGCCGGAGGGCAAUCAAGGCUGUAAUGGAGGCCUCAUGGACCAGGCCUUCCAGUAUGUUCAGGACAACAAUGGGCUGGAUUCUGAGGAGUCGUAUCCCUACCUUGCAACGGAUGGCCAGCCAUGCCGCUACGACCCCCGUUAUAAUGCUGCUAAUGACACUGGUUUUGUGGACAUUCCCAGUGGUAAAGAGCAUGCUCUGAUGAAGGCUGUUGCUGCUGUGGGUCCUAUAGCUGUUGCUAUUGAUGCUGCACAUGAAUCCUUCCAGUUCUACCAGUCUGGCAUCUAUUAUGAGAAGGAGUGCAGCAGUGAAGAACUUGACCAUGGAGUCUUGGUAGUUGGUUAUGGUUAUGAGGGUGCUGAUGUUGCUGGGAAGAGAUACUGGAUUGUGAAGAACAGCUGGACUGAGAAAUGGGGUAACAAAGGCUACAUCUACAUGGCUAAAGACCGAAAGAACCAUUGUGGCAUUGCGACAUCCGCCAGCUAUCCUCUAGUAUAAGGCCACUGGACUGUUCUCUGCAUUCUGGAAAUGCUAUAGUUCAUUGGCCUACUUUUUGGCUUCUUUUAAGUGUUUUAAUUCUACUAUUUUGGUUUGUAUUAAAUACUGUAAUGCAUUUUAGUUUCUCUUAAUGUGGUUUUGUUUUAGAAAACUUGCUUUGUCCGUUUUUAUUUUGAGCAUUACAAAGUCAUUUUUAUAGUUUUAGUUUGGAACACUGCCAGUACGUUUGUAGCAAGUUUCUUCUAUAAAGAUUUUAAGCUAUCUUGGAAUGCACUAAUCUGUCAGAAGUUUACAAUAUCAUCCUUUUUUUUUUUUUUUUUUUUUUUUUUUUUCUAUUGCCAUAGUUUCAUUGUAUUUGAAGCUUGAUGUUCUUUUGAGCAAUGUUACAGGUGUGAACCUGGCUUGCGAGUAAGUGUUAUAAGAAUGUAUACAAAUGCUGUGCUUUAUCUACUUGACCUGUAAAAGGGUAAAUAUUAAACUUGUAUGGAAAGAGA